GUGUGUUGGCAUAACGAGAGGGAUGUUUUCACAGAAGUGUUUUUAUUUUAACAGAAUACAUGGAAAUUGAGGAAUCGUUUUGUUGACAAUGAUGUUUUAGGAUUUAUAUCAAGAUGAAGCACUGGUCCUGCGUUUUGGCGGUCGCGGGCGUGCUGUACCUGCUGACCAUGGGCGUGAUGCUGCGAAGGUUCAGCUAUCUCUUCGAUGCUGAAGAACUCCACCUACCUUCGCGGACUGACAGCCACCAGGACGAGAAAGUUCUCGGACUACACUGGAUCAACCAAAACGCCCCUUUACUGCAAUACAAACCACUCGGAUUCAACAAAACCUCGAAACUGACAAAAGAAAACACGGAUAGUGCGAAUAACGAUAAUCUACAAUACGAACCACUCGGCUUCAACAAAGCACCGAGACUGACAAUUGAAAACACUGAUGGUGCGAAUAACGAUAAUUUGCAAUACAAACCACUCGGAUUCAACAAAGCACCGAAACUGACAAUUGAAAACACGAAUAGUGCGAAUAAUCUACAAUACGAACCACUCGGAUUCAACAAAACACCGAAACUGACAAUUGAAAAAACUGAUGGUGCGAAUAACGAUAAUCUACAAUACAAACCACUCGGAUUCAACAAAACACCGAAACUGACAAUUGAAAACACGAAUGGUGCGAAUAACGAUAAUCUGUCAGUCGCGGAGAGUGAAACCCGAUUCGAAACAAGGAACGAGACGUUUCACGAUUCGGAUAAUGUUAUUGGUCAAGAGGAAGGGGGAACUUUCAGCGUGGAAGUGAGUGUCGGGAUGUGGGAGCUGCAAGUGAAGGUGGAUGGAAAUGAGGUGUAUCACGUGACCAUGGAGCUCAGUGACGUCAAGUUCAUGAGUAAGGGCGGCAUGUACCUCUUUGUUCUGCACCCAACGACGGGAGCUGUCAUGCACGUGUCAAGGCACAGGACAUUCGAAGUGUCAGGCGACGCGGAGGUCAUGGCAAUCAUGAGGGACGUGCAGCCAGGGAAGGUUCUCGUUUUGGCCACCAUGCACGAGGGCUUCGCGCAACUGAGCAAACUCGUGGAGGCUUUCCUGGCGCAGCAGGGUUCCAGGAUCAUCACAGACAUGGCUAUGGGUGACAGAUGGGCGUGGAUAGGGACGAAAGGUGGGCGUACAUGGGCGGAAGGAGCGACCUUCAGUACCCCAAAGACGGACAAUUUAAUUAGGCCUGGAUCGACGAUUCACCUGUACGCCAACCUACCCCGUCGGCCUGAGAACGCUGACAUGUGUGCAACUACGUUCCAAGGGAAUGCGUGGGCUGCUCGACGAGCCUUCUGCGAACGCUACGAGGGCUACGGUAGUCUGUGCAAUUGCAGCGCACCUCAGGAUUUGCAUAGACACGUUCCCCUUGCAAUGGACGGAGUGGAGACCGGCAUUCCAACGGUCAUCGUAGCGAGCACGAGGCCGAUUCUCCUCAACAGGUGUCUGCGGCACCUGAUGUCAGCAGCGGGAAGCGACCCUCAGCUGAUACUCGUCGUUGCUGACGGAAGUUCUGACGGAUCGCUGGACGAAGUGCGUGACCUGGCCGCCCUCUACGGUGUCAAGUACAAGGCGCACGACGCCGGCGGGAGCAACGUGACCGUCCGCAUCCAACGCCACUACAAAUUCUCGUUCACCUCGGCCUUCGAGACCUUCCCCUGGACUCGGAAGGUCAUCGUGCUCGAGGAGGACCUUCGCGUGUCGCCGGACUUCUUCAGUUACUUCGGCCAGCUGGCGCCCCUCUUGGACCGCGACCCUACCUCCUACUGCGCCUCCGCCUGGAAUGACCUCAGCAAUAGCAAGUCCCUGGGAGAUCCUGGCGUGGUCAUGCGAUCAGAGACGCUAUGGCGGGGCUGGGGCUGGCUCCUGAAGAGGGACAUCUACGACGAGGUCAUCGAGAAGUGGCUGCAGCAUGAUCAGUACGCCGACUGGGACAUGUGGAUGCGCCUCCCCGCCCAGCAGCAGGGAAGGGAGUGCCUCGUUCCAGAAGUAUCUCGGACAUUCCACUUCGGGCUGAGCGGCGCCCAUCUCACGGCCUAUUUCCAGUUCACAUAUUUCUCCAAGUUACCUUUCAAUCAAGUCUCCAACGUGAGGCUGAAGGAUCUCGACAGAAUGGGCCCCGAAUCCUACGACAGGAUGCUGAAGGAGCUGAUCUUAGGAGCCAAGCAUCUCAAGGGAGAAGAAACCAAUCCUUGCGACUCGAACUUGUUUCCUCUGAAUGCCACCAUGCCGCACGUCCUGUGGUUCAAGAUGAACGAGCCCAUAGACAACUACACUUACACAGGCAUCAUCAAGUGCCUGAAGCUGUGGGACUGGACCCGAGGCCACCACAAGGCAGUGUGGGCGGCUCAAGUGCAGGGGACGCCGUUGCUGCUCGUCGGCUGGCCCUUGUCGCCCUUUCUCGCGCCCUCACCCCCCCCCCUCUUCUCCGGCAGAGUCCUGAAGCCGAAGGAGAUCAGCAUCCUCCAGCGCUACAAUCCCGAAGAGGAGCUGAAAGAUGACCCGGUCUACCUCUACUCACCCGGCCCGGGUUCAGCGAAGGUUGACCCGACCUGA